AUGAACCGCAUCGCGCGCAUCGCCGGCCAUGUGCAGUCCAGCGCACAGGACAUGGGCCUUGGUGCUCAGCCUACAGCUGGCUACUGCGCGGCAGCGAAGGGCGAGGACGAUGUGGUGAUCUGCUGCGCGGUGCGCACCCCACUGUGCAAGGCCAAGCGUGGAUCCUUCAAGGACACUGCCCCUGAGCUCUUGUUGGCCGCUGUCUUCAAGGAGGUCGUGGCAAGGACCAAGGUGAACCCCAAGGACAUUGGCGAUAUCCAGAUUGGCAACGUGCUUCAGCCCGGAGCCAGCGGCCUCACCUCCCGGAUGGGCCAGUUCAUCGCCGAGCUUCCCUACGAGAUCCCCUUGAGCACAGUGAACCGUCAAUGUAGCAGCAGCUUGCAAGCCACCGCAGCCAUUGCCGCGUUCAUCAAGUCUGGCAUCAUUGAUGUGGGCCUUGCCGGUGGUGUGGAGAACAUGAGCAUGUUUCCCAUGAUGGCCACCAUCGACAUCACCAAGCUCUCCAAGGAUGUCUUGGACUACCCAGAUGCCGAGGCAUGCCUCCUGCCCAUGGGUCUCACCAGCGAGAACGUGGCGGCGGCCUAUGGCAUCCCCAGGGAUCGUCAGGACAUCAUGGCUGCGGAUUCCCACAAGAAGGCUUUGGCGGCUCAGAAGAACGGAUGGUUUAAGGAGGAGAUUGUUCCUGUGACGGUGGAGACCAAGGGCAAGGACGGCAAGAUCCAAACGAAGGUCAUCAGCGAGGACGAAGGCCCCCGCGCCGGCGUCACGGCCGAGAGCUUGGGGAAGCUGAAGCCGGCCUUCAAGGCGGGUGGCAGCACCACUGCUGGCAACAGCAGCCAGGUGACCGAUGGAGCUGCCAUGGUGCUCUUGGCCAGGCGUUCCGUGGCCAAGAAGUUGGGUUUGCCCAUCGUGGCGCGUUUCCGCAGUUUCGCCUGUGUGGGUGUGGAUCCUAAGCUGAUGGGCAUCGGCCCUGCUUUCGCCAUUCCUCCAGCACUUGAGAAGGCUGGGCUGAAGGUGGAGGACAUCGACAUCUAUGAGAUCAACGAGGCAUUCGCCUCGCAGGCCACCAUGUCUGUGGAUCAUCUCAAGAUCCCCAUGGAGAAGGUGAACCCCAAGGGCGGCGCCAUCUCCCUGGGACAUCCCUUGGGAGCCACGGGCGCGCGACAGAUCGCCACCUUGUUGCCCGAGUUGAAGCGACAGGGCAAGAAGUUGGGCGUGACCUCCAUGUGCUUGGGAAGUGGCAUGGGCGCCGCCUCAGUGAUUGAGCUGGGCACCGGCCAUCUUCGGCACGAAGGAACCCCAUCGGAUGCUUCGGGCUAUUUUGCUUGGCUUUGUUUGAAGCUGCCGAACAAAGAGGCAGAAGGACACUCUUCGACUGGAGAAAAGGAGGCCAGGAAUAGAAUCCCACCUUCACCAGAUCUGCUGCUAUGGAUCCCUGAUCCGCGUUUCAGAAAUGCCGAGCUGUGCUGCGGGGGUGCGACUCCUGAGUUUCUUAGGGUCAAAGAGGUUUUUGUGAACCAGCUCACAGCCAUCUUUUCAUUGCGCCCCAACUGUCCGAACGACGCCAUGAACCGUGUGGCACGCAUCGCCGGGCAUGUGCAGUCCAGCAUGGGAGAGCAGGAAAGCUUCCUGGGAGCCCAGCCGACCAUGGGCAUUUGCACACCCGAGAAGUCGGAGGAGGACGUGGUGAUCUGCUGCGCGGUGCGCACCCCACUGUGCAAGGCCAAGCGUGGGUCCUUCAAGGACACAGCCCCUGAGCUGCUGUUGGCUGCUGUCUUCAAGGAGGUGGUUGCCAGGACGAAGGUGAAUCCCAAGGACAUCGGAGACAUUCAGAUCGGCAAUGUGCUGCAGCCCGGAGCCAGCGGACUCACCUCCCGUGACGAAAAAAUUGAUCCCCAAGCCUUCAACUGGCAAGGCAUGGGCCAAUUCAUUGCGGAGCUGCCUUGGGACAUUCCAUUGAGCACUGUGAAUCGCCAGUGCAGCAGCAGCCUGCAGGCUACCGCCAACAUCGCGGCUUUCAUCAAGGCUGGAGUCAUUGAUGUUGGUCUUGCUGGCGGUGUGGAGAACAUGAGCAUGUUCCCCAUGAUGGCCACCAUCGACAUCACCAAGCUCUCUGCUAAAGUCUUGGACUACACAGCUUGCCUCCUGCCCAUGGGUCUCACCAGUGAGAACGUGGCGGCGGCCUAUGGCAUCCCCAGGGAUCGUCAGGAUAGCAUGGCGGCAGAUUCCCACAAGAAGGCGUUGGAGGCGCAGAAGCAGGGCUGGUUCAAAGAGGAGAUCGUCCCGGUAACCAUUGAGACCAAGGGCAAGGAUGGAAGCAUGCAGAAGAAGGUCAUCACCGAAGACGAAGGCCCUCGUGCCGGUGUCACCGCUGAGAGCUUGUCCAAGUUGAAGCCAGCCUUCAAGGCGGGUGGCAGCACUACUGCGGGCAACAGCAGCCAGGUGACCGAUGGAGCUGCCAUGGUGCUCUUGGCCAGGCGUUCCGUGGCCAAGAAGUUGGGUCUGCCCAUCGUGGCGCGCUUCCGAAGCUUCGCCUGCGUUGGCGUGGAUCCUAAGCUCAUGGGCAUCGGCCCUGCUUUCGCGAUUCCACCAGCACUUGAGAAGGCUGGGAUUAAGGUGGAGGAUGUCGACAUCUAUGAGAUCAACGAGGCCUUCGCCUCCCAAGCCACCAUGUCUGUCGACCACCUGAAGAUUCCCAUGGAGAAGGUGAACCCCAAGGGCGGCGCUAUCGCCCUGGGACAUCCCUUGGGAGCCACGGGCGCGCGACAGAUCGCCACCUUGUUGCCCGAGUUGAAGCGACAGGGCAAGAAGCGACUUGGACGACUUGGAUUGACUUGGCUUUGA